CAUGUUGCUCCCGCGUUCACGGAGAAAUACGAGCAACUGUCUGUGAACCGUCGCACCAGAGCGACCGCCCGGCGAUGAACCCCUCUUGUCGUGGCUGACGGGCUUAUAUAAAGACGGGCAAGCUCAUGUUGAUCGUCUCCUGAUCUUCUCUCUGAACAUGCUUCAACAACCCUCUCCAGCUUCAUCAUGGCAGACGCCAAUGGAACCAGGACGCUCGAAGCCAAGUGCUCUUGCGGUGAUGUGCAUCUGACCUUUGAUGUGCCUGUCAGUCUGUUGCCGUUACCCGUCUAUCUCUGCCAUUGCAGCGCGUGUAGGUAUGCGACGGGGUCGCCGUGCACGUUUCAUACGCAGUUGCCAGAGGGGUUGCUGCCCAAGUUCCUCGGAGACUCAUCAGAGGAGAAGCUGACCUCGUGGCUGUCUUACGAUGGCCGGGGCUGCACAUAUGACUUCUGCUCGACCUGCGGGUGUCAUAUCGGAGGCGUAAGCAUUGACCGGAAGCAGUGGACCCCCUCCACGUCCAUCUUCACGGACCACGGACCAGACAACUUCAACAUUGGCCAGCAUGUUUUCUCGGAGUCGGCCAAAGGUGGGGGAAUUGCUUCGCUGGUCACGCACAUUAGCGGCCGACAGCUGAGAUGCUGGAACCCUGCGGCUGAUGAUCCGACUGCGAAAGUCGUCGAGUCGAAGGCCGAAGUAGGCGCGGAUGGCGAGGAGCGUCUCCGAGCCCAGUGCGAAUGCGGCGGCGUAUCCUUUACAUUCAGGCGCCCUACGCCGGCCAUUCUCGACGACCCUGUGCUUUCCAAGUUUGUCUCGCCUCGCGACAACAAGAAGUGGAUGGCGCUAUAUGAUAUCUGCAACGACUGCAGACUCGUCACGGGCACCCAUCUUGUGGGCUGGACAUUUGUGCCCCUAAGCCUUUGCGAGCCGCGCAUCGACACGACGCUCCAGAUCGGGACGUCCAAGACGUAUUCGACAUCGGAAGGGGUUCUUCGCUCGUUUUGCGGCACCUGCGGCGCCACCGUCUUCUUCACCUGUGCGGAUCGCCGACCGAACGACGCCCAGACAGUUGUUGACAUUGCCACGGGGAUCAUCCGGGCCCCCGAGGGCGUCAUGGCUGAGAACUGGUUCACGUGGAGGACACGCCCGGCGCAUCUGGCCAGCGGUGUAGGCUACGACAAGGGCUUUGGCGAGGCCUUGAAUGAGGGCAUGAAGCGCUGGACGGUGGACAAGUAUGGGGAAGAGCUGAACGAUGAUGUCGGUUAGUUGCGGCUGCUUUGUGAGGCCAUAGAUGCCGAUGCGAAUGGCGCGCGCGGGAGAAAGGCGUUGUUGGGGGAUUGAGAAGCAGCGAGCGAAAAGCGUCGUGGGGGAGAGACGCGGCAAGCUAUUGAGAAUUGAGUGAAGUUUGCCUUGUAGAUUGGCUGCCAUCGUUCCCUAGACACACCGACUUAGUCGUCUGUUGGUGAUGCGACAUGUCCG